CUGCGGCAUCUCUGUACACGCGCCUGCCAUGGUGCCCGCUCCGGCCGUGCUGACCCGGCUGUUGUGUGCAGGUAUGCAGCGCUGCCCAGGUUUCCUGCAGAAGGCGGCCCCGGGCCUAGCGGUGCAGAAUGGUAGGAAGGUCACAGGAGUAAUGGUCCCUGCGGUCAGCGAGCCCCAAGACGGCGACGAUUUCCAGAGCAGGAUCCUAGAUGUGCCAUUACAGCAUUCCGAUUUCUUCAAUGUCAAGGAGUUGUUUUCUGUGAAGAGUCUCUUUGAGGCCCGAGUACACCUGGGACAUAAAGCCGGUUGCCGUCAUAGGUUUAUGGAGCCAUACAUCUUUGGGAACCGCCUGGGCCAAGAUAUCAUCGAUCUGGAUCAGACAGCCUUGAAUCUCCAACUGGCCUUGAACUUCACCGCCCAUAUGGCCUACCGCAAGGGCAUCAUUCUGUUUGUGAGCAGGAAUCGACAGUUCUCUCACUUAAUUGAGACUACAGCCCAAGCCUGUGGGGAGUACGCCCACACCCGCUACUUCAAGGGUGGCUCACUGACUAAUGCGCAACUCCUCUUUGGACAUACAGUCCGCCUGCCAGACCUUGUCAUCUUCCUGCACACACUCAACAAUGUCUUUGAACCCCACGUGGCCGUGAGGGAUGCAGCCAAGAUGAACAUCCCCACAGUGGGCAUAGUGGACACCAACUGUAACCCAUGCCUCAUCACCUACCCUGUCCCAGGCAAUGAUGACUCACCCCAAGCUGUCCAGCUCUUCUGCAAGCUCUUCCAGACAGCCAUCAACAGGGCCAAGGAGAAGAGGAGGCAGAUGGAGGUUCUGCAUCGGCUGCAGAGUCCCAAGGGUUCCGAGGGCAGUGAGACAUCUCCUGCACCUAAUAAGAGCUAUUCCCCAUGACAGGAAGCCCUUUUCCCACACUAGAUAGCCAGGCCUGUUUUGAGUAGGAAGCUCCUUGUCCAACCCUGGUCUAUGUCCCCAUCCUCAGCAUCAGCACCACAGUCCUAUUUUCCCUAGAUAUGGCCACCCCAAAGUCCAGCCAUCUUGAGCUAACCCUUGUCCAUCUCUUCUCUGAGGACAAACUCAGGUACAGUACAUAUUCACAUGGCCUCUGGCAUCCAUUAAGACUUGAACAUGACUAGCCAAGUUUCGGCUUCUCUUUUCAGUUAAAAUUAAUUCUCCAUUGUCUGUGAAAGAUUACUUUCAUUCUCUGAAGAAAAUUCCAAGCAAAACAACACUGAUGUCCCUCAGGACCCCCAGUAGUUGCCUCUAGACCUGUAACCAUACUUAAGGCUAAUCAGGUUCCCAGAGGGGAGAUAUAAAGUAUAGUCCAUGUGUUGUGCUACACUACUAAAGAACUUAAGUUUGCCAAUUCAUUCAAGCAGAAGUCUGGGGAAUAUAUGUGGGAAUGGAUUUUAAAGGUGUGGGUUAAUGAUGGAAGGAACAUAAAACUGAAUCAGGCUGAGUUUAUGGGCCCUCUGAGUGGAGAUCUGUGUUUAAUAUGGAAGCUCACACAGUGAAAACAAAAAGUGUCAAAAGUUUGAGUAUUUGGCUGAAGUAUUUUUUAAAAGACAGCCUACUGCUCGGAGCACAAAGGUUUUUGGGCCCACAGAUCGCCAAGGAAGCCAGGAAUGUUAAUCACAUAGGGUUGUCUCCUCAUAGAAGGAAAUCAAUACCUGUUUUCUACCCAGAGGACUGAGAGUGGAUGUUGUUAAUGACCUGGUGACCUUUGCUAUUUGCUGAGCAAGACCUUACCCAAAUUCCCCUAAAUGCUUAUUUUGGACUCUCCCUUCCUAGACCUUUAUUUUUAGUUUGGUUUCUCCACUAAUAGAAUCCAUCCUUAGGGGAGAUGUCACAAGUACUUUAUGGCCUGCUGACCUCUACACUGUCUUGGUCAGAGACCACACCAGAACCUAGGCCCUUAAGCUAUAGGACCCGUAUUUGUGGUCACGUGUACUUUGAGCUGAGUUUCGAUGUAAUUAUGCCUCUUAUACCUGGAAUUGUAUUAUACCAGGAAGCUCUUUUCCAGAAUUGUACUAUAUUUUAAUAUGUUUACAAUAAACCACCUGGUGUCAGACUCUCUAGAACUUUGAACCAGCACCAACUAAGUCAA